CAGCAGGUUGUUCUGCGCUGUUUAACGCGAAGCUGUCAGUGACUUGCUGUCAAGUUGUGUUGAGGUAAACAUCGCUGUAGUUGGUUGGGACACUUUGUCCAUUCACUACAGAAAGCCGUUGAAAGACACUUUUUUUUGUUAUUAUUAUUAUAAUUUUAAGCCUAAUGUAACCAUCGACAUGACUGGACAAUUGGAACUUUUUCCCCUCUCCAGCCGGGUUGUUCAGCGAAUGCUGUCCGUUGUUGGUGCAAACAGUGUGGCCAGCAGCAUGUGGGGCUACGUUGACACCACACUAAGGUGGUGUUGGAUCCCCGGCUGGCUGCCACCAUGGUGUCCCACCUCUCAGAGCCAGCUCCAGGCGGCAGAGGACAGGAUGCUGCGAUGCGUCAACGCUGCGUUUACCAAACAGUUUGUCCCCAUCUCUAACAACAACGUGCUGUGGACCCUGACCAUUUGCCGCGACAGCGUUAAAGACAAAACCCCGAUGGUUCUGCUGCACGGGUUCGGAGGUGGCGUUGGUCUUUGGGCUCAGAAUCUGGAAGCACUCUCUCAGUCUCGGCCCGUCUUCGCUCUGGACUUGCUGGGUUUCGGCCAGAGCACCAGGCCGCUGUUCUCCACAGAACCCCAGGGAGCGGAGGAUCAGUUUGUGGAGUCUAUAGAACAGUGGAGGGCCAAAAUGGGUUUGGAGUCCAUGAUACUGCUUGGUCACAACCUGGGAGGAUACCUGUCAGUGUCAUAUUCCAUCAGAUAUCCAGGCAGAGUGAAGCAUGUCAUCCUGGUAGAGCCCUGGGGGUUCCCCGAGAGUCUGGACACGGUAGAGGCCGAUCGCCCCAUCCCAGUGUGGAUCAAAGCUCUCGGUGCCAUGUUCAGGCCCUUCAACCCCCUGGCUGGCCUGCGACUGGUGGGACCACUGGGUCCCUCUCUGGUCCAGGCCCUGAGACCUGACUUCAAGAAGAAGUUCUCCUCCAUGUUCAGUGACAACACCGUGCCAGAAUACAUCUACCACCUUAAUGUGCAAUGCCCCAGUGGAGAAACGGCUUUUAAGACGAUGAGCGGUGCCUGCGGCUGGGCCAAAAGGCCGAUGCUGCAGAGGAUGGACCGGCUGCAGCCUGACAUCCCCAUCACCAUCGUCUACGGAUCCCGCUCCAGCAUAGACAGCAACACAGGCACCACCAUCAAAGAGAUGAGACCGCACUCUCACGUGGAGAUCAUAUCGAUCCGUGGAGCUGGACACUACGUAUACGCCGACCAACCGGACGACUUCAACCGCAGGGUUUUGCAAGUGUGUGAAGAAGUGGACUGAGUGCGGCGCCGUACUUGCCUGUUGAACUGUAGAGAAAACGGACACCGCAAACGGGACCAUGACUUUAUCAGCCAGCGUGGAACUUAGGAUCUCACUUACAAAUAAGGGGUGUUUGUAUGUACAAAAUAUUCCACAGCGAGCAGUAAUCUCAGUUUGAUCGUAUGCAUCAGGACGUGCUCUAAUUCAUGCUGCAUUGUGUGACCAGUGAUUCUGUAAUAUGCUCUAAGCUACCGCCAGUGUCCAGUAUUUAAUGUUAUUGCCCCUCAUCAAACGCAGAGAGAUAAAGAGGCAUUUUACUUAAGCUAUUCUUUCCAUAUUCUGCCUAUUACAGGUCUACAAAGUCUCAGCCUAUUACAGUUGCUGUCCUUUACGCACCUUUGGAGUCAUCUGAGCUAAACAUGCAAAAAAUAGCUCGCAAAUAUAUUUUUUAAUACACUAGUACGACAGUCCUGUAUUCUCGUACAUGAUGCUGAUGACAUACAGAAAGUGUAGAGUGCCACUGCAUCAGCACCAGGACGAGGUUUUGAAUUAAUCUGCUGGAAAUAAUGACCUGUUCUUGUUCUUCUCAUCUUACCUCCACGCUAUUGUAUGUGCUCUUCAUUCAGACUCUAACGUUUGUUUCAGUUUGACUGUUAAAGUGUAAAGCCUGUCAUACACUCUGAA